AUGAGUCCCGAAGAGGCCGUGGCUGGGGCCAAUGCCACCAUUUUUGGCCCAUAUGUCUAUGUAUUCGACCCCAGCAUGCCGGCGGCCGCUAUACAAGACAAGGCCAUCUCGAUUUUCCAGCGGAUGGAAUCUAACGAGUUCAGCGCGGAGGGAUAUGCACUGCUCUUCAAACCUGGUAUCUACUCGGUUCUCUUUGACGUGGGGUUCUACACACAUGUCGCAGGGCUCGGACUGAAUCCCGACGAUGUGCUCAUCGACGGUGGUGCCAACGUGCCAGCGUACUGGAUGCCAAAUCGCAAUGCUACAUGUAAUUUCUGGCGAUCAUUCGAGAACUUGGCUAUCAAUGCCUCAGGAGCCACCAAUCGUACCACAACAAUAGCUGUAUCACAAGCAGCGCCACUACGCCGCUUGCAUAUCAAGAGCCCGAACGGCCUGUGGCUGUUUCAAGUAGACCCGGCCACCGGCGCCGGUGGCUAUGCCAGUGGCGGAUACAUGGCAGACUCGGUAGUCGACGGCCAGGUGCUCCCAGGGUCCCAGCAGCAAUGGCUCUCAAGGAAUAGUAAAUGGGGAAGUUGGGCCAACGGUGUCUGGAAUAUGGUCUUUUUAGGCAGCAUCAACGCACCAAGCCAGGCCAACUUUCCCACGGAGCCAUAUACGACAAUAGAGUCCACACCCAUCAUUCGCGAGAAGCCUUAUCUCUACAGCACGGGUGACGGAAAGUACGCAGUGUUCGUCCCGGCACUCCAAAAAGCUACGCAGGGACCCAGCUGGACGGGAGGAGCUACCCCUGGCAAGUCCAUGUCGAUUGAUGAUUUCUGCAUCGUACAACCGCCGACGGCGAAUGCUUCUAGUAUCAACUCGGAGUUGAGAUCUGGAAAGCAUGUUCUUUUUACACCGGGAGUCUAUAUGUUGGAUGAGGCUAUCGAGGUGACGAAUUCAGACACCAUAAUCUUAGGUCUUGGACUACCCUCACUCAUUCCUACUAGAGGUAACGCGGCGAUUCGCGUAGCCGACGUCGACGGAGUUACGAUUGCUGGUCUCAUAAUUGACGCGGGAACUAUUAAUAGCGCAACCCUGCUUGAAGUUGGCUACACAGGGCAGGCUCCCUCCGUUAGGCACAAUUCAAAUCCGACAUUCUUAUACGACUUGACAGUCCGCACCGCCGGGCGUCAAGCUGGCAGGAACGAUGUUGGCAUAAUCAUCAACAGUCAUGAUACGGUGUGCGAUCAGAUCUGGCUGUGGCGUGCGGACCAUGGGCCCGGCGCAGGUUGGGAGACAAAUCCCUCGAAGAACGGAAUUAUAGUCAACGGUGACGACGUAACGAUAUACGGCUUGUUUAACGAGCACCACAAGGAAUACCAGACGCUCUGGAACGGCAACAAUGGCCGCGUGUACUUCUACCAAUCUGAGAUACCAUACGACCCACCUAACCAAGAGUCCUGGCGGUCAGUCGGUGGAACGAGGAAUGGAUAUGCCUCAUACAAGGUCGCCGACCAUGUGACCAGCCACGAGGCCUGGGGUUUGGGUGUCUAUUCGUAUUUCCGCGACGCGCCCGUCAAGCUCGAGAACGCCAUCGAGGUCCCCAGUACCGAUGGUGUAAAACUGCACCACUUGACGACCAUCUGGCUAAAUGGUGUAGCUGGAAGCGAGAUAACACAUAUCGUAAACGGUACAGGCGGACGCGUAUACGCAAAUAACCCCCCGGAGGCCAUGCGGCAGGUCGCAAAAGAGUUCCCUGGCCAGAACCCCGGCACACCAGAUCCACGUCCGCCACCGCCGCCGCCGCCCGUGCCGCGGUCCUCAAAACGAGGGCUCUGCUGGCCUGUCGAUAACAAGGACUCGGUCACUUCUUUCACAAGACCCGGUACCAAGGUUAGCUGGCUGUACAACUGGAGCCCCGACCCCCAGCCGAAUACCACGUCCGGCAUGCUCGAGUUCGUCCCCAUGCAAUGGAACCACGUAAACAUCGACGAGCUCGGGGGCAAGCUCCAGAGCAGCGGCGCGCGGACGUUGCUGGGCUUCAACGAGCCGGAGCUCGGCGACCAGUCCAACAUGUCCGUGGAGCUGGCGGCUCGCGAGUGGGUGCGCUGCAUCGAGCCACUACGAAAGGCAGGCGUGCGGGCCGGCAGCCCGGGGAUCUCGUCGGCGCCGCACGGCGUGGGGUGGCUGCGGGACUUCCUGGCGGCGAUCCGGGCCGGGGGUAGCGACGUGGACUUCUACUGCCUGCACUGGUACGGGGAGGCGCUGGGCGGCUUCUACGACCACAUCUGGAGCGCGUACCACCAGCUGGGGCCGGACCGGCCCGUGUGGAUCACCGAGUUCGCCUGCACCAACUGGAGCCGGGACGCGCCGCUGCCGCGCGAGCACGUUGAGGAGUUCGCGAGGGAGAGCGCCCGGUACCUCGACACGCUCGAGUGGGUGGAGCGCUAUGCCUGGUUUGGGCCCAUGAGGGAUACCGGCACGGUGGGGAGAUGGGCCGCCAUGCUGGAUGCCGAGGGCAACGUCACGCCGCUGGGGAGAGCUUACAGGGACGACUGA